CAAAGAUUUGACAAAAAUGAAUUUGGGUCAAAAAUUAUUGCAGCAGCUUCAUAGAAGAGCAAUAUUUAAUCAUUCAUUUCUACUACAUCAAAAUAAUAUCGAGAUAACUGUGAGAAAUUAUUAUGGUUCAGAGAUAAAAGAGUAACACAACUUGAGCAAAUUGUGAGGGAUGAGUGUAAAUCUGGUAAGAUUAAGAAGCUUGAUGAUGGGUUGAAAUACUUCAAUCAACUGAUUUUGCAAAGGCUGUUACCAUCUAAUAGUACAUUCUGUCAUGUUUUGAGUUCUUUAUCCAAAAUCAAGUGUUAUUCAGAUGUGAUUAUGUUGUAUAAAAAGAUGAAUUUGGUUGGAGUACAACCUAGUUUGUAACAUUGAGCAUUUUGACCAAUUGCUUUUGCCAAUUAGGAAUAGUUGAUUAUGAGUUUUGUUUGAUUGGAGAGAUCAUAAAGAGAGGUUAUCAUCCUGAUACUGUCACUUUUACCACACUGAUUAAAGGGCUGUGUCUUCAAGAAAAGAUUGAACCUGCCUUCAAAGUGUUUGGUAAAAUGACUGAAACAGGUAUUCAACGUGAUGCCUUCACAUGUAGCACUCUUAUACAUGGGCUUUGUAAAACUGGUCAAGUGGGUCGUGCUCUUCAGCUGAAAAACAAUAUGAUCAAAUGGAACUGCAGACCUGCUGCUGUCUCAUACUGUGUGAUUAUAGAUACACUUUGCAAAGGAGGUUUGGUCGAUGAAGCUCUGGUUCUCUUCAAUGAAAUGCAUAGGGAUCCCAAUGUUGUACCCGAUGUAGUUGUUUACACUCCUUUGAUCAAUGGGAUAUGCAAUUCAGGCCGGUUGAAUGAAGGAAGGAGACUUUUUGACGAGAUGAUUAAUAGAGGAAUAUCUGCAAAUAUAACAACUUAUAAUUGUAUGAUUCAUGGUCACUGCCUACAUGAUCAACAGGAAGAAGCAAGACGAUAUUUUGAUGAUAUGAUGGAUCGACGGAUUUCACCAGAUAGAAUAACUUCUAGUAUAUUAAUAGAUUCACAUUGUAAAGAUGGGAUGAUGGAAGAUGCUUGGGGAUUAUUUAAACUAAUGCAAAAAAUAAACAUAAAACCCAAUCAGUUAACUUAUAGUUCACUGAUCGAUGGUCUGUGUUUGACAGGGCGACUGCAAGAAGCGGUUAAACUGUUUGACUUGAUGGUGGAUAGAGGCCUUGAGCCAGAUGUGUUCAGCUACGGUGUGUUAAUCAAUGGGUAUUGCAAGAAUCGUAAGAUGGAUGAAGCUAUGCAGCUAUUCAACAAAAUGAAAUGGAGUGGACGGCAACCUAGCACUGUUACUUACACUGCACUGUUAGGGGGAUUAUACCAUGUUGGAAGACUUAGGACAGCAGAAAGAUUGAUUAGCGAGAUGCAAUCUUUUGGUCAAUCUCCAGAUGAAGUUACAUACGCUACAAUGUUGAAUGGUCUUUGCAAGAAUGGAAAAUUGGAGAAGGCAAUCGAAUUGUUCGAAUCCAUGAAAGGUAUUGGUAUCAUAGCUAAUAUUUAAAUGUACAGUAUUCUUAUUCAUGGUUCAUGUCAGGCUGGUCGGUUGGAAGAUGCAAGAAAGCUGUUUAUUGAGAUCCCAAACAAAGGAUUGGCACAUGAUGUAGUAACAUAUACUACAAUGAUCAAAGGCCUCUUCCGUAACAAGAUGUUAUCGGAGGCUAACGCAUUAAUCAUCGAAAUGGAAGAGAAGGGUUGUUUGCCAAAUGCUAGAACAUAUGACACCAUCAUUAAGGGUUUUCUUAUAGCAAGGGUGCCUGAAAGAGAAUUUGUACCGAGUGAUUCUGUUGUUUCCUUGUUAGCAAACACUCUCUCGGCGAAGGGGCUAAAAAAUCUGUAGUUUUUUUUCUUGAAGUUGGUGCCUUCCCCAUGCUUUGUGGAGCUAUUGCUUUAACCAUGUCCUGUUAUUCGUAUUCCAGCUCUAUAUAUGUUUGGUCGGGAAUAUUGUCGCGCUGCAGUUGAUUUUCAGACUCCUCCAGGUGAUGUUGCUCUACCAGGUUCCAUUUUCGAGGGUCUUAGAUCCUAAUUCCUUCUACUGGAUUCAAAUUGUUGCAGUCUGGAUAAUUGGCAUGUACACUGCUGAGAGAGUAUUAUCUUCUCUCAGCAUGUGCACAAAAUUGUCUGUCAGGGGAGGAAAGCUAAAGAUUGGGAUGAGAGGUGAAUGUUCAUUUCAGGUUGUGUAUGGUUUAACAGUGAAAUGACCAAGUGCAGUAAGCUGCCAAUGUCUUUGAAUCUUCAUUUUCAUUACUUUGUUCGGCUGCCAAAUAUUCAUCAAUUCUGGAAGACGAAAGCAAACUGAGAGAAGCUCUAAGGAUGGCCAAUGCUUGUGGCGCAAUCUGUACAACUAGGAAAGGAGCAAUUCCAGCACUCCCAGACAAUGCUUCUGCGCAGAAGCUCAUCUCGGAUUUUCACUAGAUGAUGAAUUCGCUAUUAUUUUACUUUAAUUGCCUAGUAGCUCUUUCUUUAUAUGUUGUUUUUAACAUUCAGUUUUACCUUACAAUUUGCUUCCCUUAUUUCUUCUUUAAGAGAUAUAUUUUUUUGUUUAACC